CCUGGGUCGGGUCGGGCCCUGGACUUAGCCGGGUGCACACCCUCAGGAGGGCUGGUGUCCAGCCGGCCAGCAGGUGGAAGGGCUCAGAAGGACUUGUUUCCUGGCCUGGAAAAGGUAGGGUACCACCAGGGGAUCAGGUUUGGGGUGCCCUUUGGGGCUGACAGCACCCUGUUUACUCUGGGCCCAGGGUCUCAGGGGCCUGGACUCAACUCUCUUGGAACAGCCAACCCCAGGAGAUAACGGGUGCUGAGCCUGGUUGGGUGGCCCUCCAUUCUGGGGGUCUGUCCAUCUCAGGCCCACUGCCCUCACAGGGCCAUCAGUUUGGGUGGUGAUUCAGCUGCAGUAAGACUCAAGGGUAGGAGGAGGUAGAGGCAGAAGUCUGCCCCUCCCCCUCCCCCAGAAGCUGCUCAGGCCAGCUGAUGAGCAAGGGGGGAAGGUGGUGGGCCUCCGAGCAGCUGGGACCCCUCAGGCCAUGUGGGACUGGCCAGCCCCUGCCAGCUAGGCAGCUGCAGUGUAUCCAGAGGCUGAUGCCUUGGGCUAUUCAGCGCUGGGGGGAGGUUGGGGAGCCCCAACUCUUCCACAUGGGCAGACAAGCUGUAGUUGGUACACCUGCCUGCUGUCCACACUGCUCUUGGUUUAGCCUUUAUGUGGCCACGGGCACCUCCUAAACCCUUGUGGCCACCUGCUAGGUCUUGCGUCCUCAGAUCUGGGUCCUGGAGGUUAGCAGAGCAGAACAGACUCCUGUUCUCCAGGAGCAGCACCCAUUGUGCCACAGAUGUGAGUUGUCUGGAUGCGGACUGCGUGCAGGGUGGCUGGACAUGAAUGGGGAGCGGGACUGGGCUGGGGUCCUGACAAGGGCAGCACGGCUGAGGGGCGGCAGCUGGUCCUGUGGUAUGCUCGGCUGUUGGAGGAGCAGGUGGACACAACAGGUGUUCAGGGCAGGAAGGGGGUAUGCAGGGCAGAGAGAGUGGCACUGCCACACACUGAGGGGGCAGAGCCUGCAGUGGCUUUAACGCGGCGUUUUGGGCCGCAUCAGGGUGGAGGGUUGAAGGAGAGGUUGAAAAUGUGGGCACCCCAUGGAGUCCGAGGGGCACAGUGUCCUGCCCUUGGCCAGCAAUGCCUGGGGAGGUCCUUGAGGGGGCACCGAGCUUGGGCAGGGGUCCUGGUUCAGCCUCACACCCUUGCUCCUCCUGACACCUCCCCCUGCCAAAGCCCAGGGUUCUACGGCCCAGGCCGCCCUGUAGCAGCAGUUCCUGGCCUGGCUGCGGGAGCGGUACAGGCUGCGCCACCAUGACUCACUCCCUAGGCCUGUCCCCACCACACCCUCCACUCCUGCAGGAGGCCCCUCACUUCCCAGGUUCCAGGCUGGAGCAGAGCAGAGAGGGGGCCCCCUCGUUCCUCCACAGACCCAGAGUCACCAUGGGACGUGGUUACCAGCCCAGCCACCUGCACCUCCAGAGGCCCUGGGGGGGAGGAGGGCCCUCCCACCUCAGGUUUACACCAGCCCUCCCCAGAGCUUCCAGGCAGGGCUCCACUGCCUCAGACAUUGAGUCAUCCCACUGGCAUUUGCUGAGCGUUUGGUGUGAUUGGGGGCACUGAGCGUGCGGUAGGGACACCUCACUCUUCUGGCUGUGGAGGGAGCUUCCCAGAGGAAGGCCAUUGGAGCGGUACAAGGCGGAAAGCAGUGCGUGUGUGUGCCUGAGCGUGAGGAUGAAGUGUGUGGGCGUGCAAAUGCGUGUAUAAGUGUGUGGGUAUGCAGUUGUUAGAGGGAGGGAGUCCAGACAUGGUCAGCUCUGAGGUGGACAGGAGCAGGUCAGGAAGUUCCUGAGGACCUCUGAGGAUAUGGGUUUUGUGCUGAGAGCCCCAGGCUCCCUGGGACCCAACCCAGUGGGGCCUGUGUCCCCACCUUGGGGUGCCUGCAGGAGGGGAGAUGGGGAUAGGGGACUGGGAAGGGAACCUCGCCACUAGCUGGUGUCUACACUGUGGGAGGCUGUGGUGUGCACUGGAGUUGCUGGGGGCGGAUGGAUGUGGCAGAGGGUCCCCAGGCCUGGGGUCUGGGUUUUGGGCACCUGGGUUGGGCGUGGGUGCACACCUCUCAGUGGCCAGGGGGUUCAGGCAGGACACAACUGGGGCAUCCGGGACAGGGGCACAGGGAGGGAGGGACAUGGAAGACAACCCACAGAACCACUAGCAAACUGACAAGGGAGAGACCUCGUGGGCAUCCUAAGGCCAGGCUGUGAGGGAGGCCACCAUUGGGAGGCCUGGGAGCUAGUGGAGGUGGAGAGAAAUCGGAUUUCUUCAGGCAUACAGCACUGGGGACUGAGCAAGGCAAGUGCUGCAGCCCCACUCUCUGAGUAAGAACUCUCCCCCACAGGGCACUUCAGUGGGUGGGUAGGCAAGCAGCAGGAGGGAGACCUUAGCCUGGGAGGUGGGUGGAUUGCAGGAGCAGCCCCUGGUCCCUGAUCUAAGGCCUCAAGUCUCCCAGGGCUGAGUCCACCUUGGGCUACUUGUAGGUACUCAUAUGUAGAAGAGGGACCACCCGGAGGGACCACCCAGUGCCAGGUGCGUGCAGGAAUCUGAGUCCUCAGGAAGGGAAAGAGGUUAUCUGAGAUGCCCAGGUUCCCAGGGAAGGGUUCCACCAGUCCUCUUGGUGAGCUGAGCACUCCACUCUGGGGGGGUGGGGGGGGCAGCCAGGCAGCCCCACCUCAGCCAAAGGAAGUCCACCCACCAUGAGAGGGGGCACAUGGGAGGAAGCUGGGCCAGGGAUGGGAAGGAAAUGGCUGGGCAGGCCCUGACCUCACUACUACAGGAGGAGGCACUGGGCAUCUCUGGUUCUCAGCCUCUGACCACCCCCCCCCCCCACCAGCCCAGGACCUUUGUUCAGACCCAGGGGUGAAAGGGGCUUGAAGCGGGGAGAGCCCAGCUGCCCACCCCUGCAGGAGCCACUCCGUUGGUGCCAGAACCAGGUGUGCAGGGCCCAGCUCACCCCAGCACAAGUCAUCCUGAUGCCCACUGGAGCCCAUGGUGCCUGCCUAUCACCCUCCUCCCAAUAGGGUGCCUCCUUGAGCAACUCUUGGUGAAGAUGACCCCAGCCCCCUUCAUGGGGAUCCCCCAUGUGUGCCCUGCACCCUGCCCAGUCACCCCUCCCUCCCCCGACCCCACACCCUUUAGUGAACACUCCCAGGCCUGCCCCCUCCCAGACCUUGACACCCAGGGGCACCUGGGCCCCUUCUCCCCAAACCUCAUCCUGGAUCCCACUUGAGUGGCCCCCAUCUGCACUUGCUCUAACAUGUAGCUUUGGGUGAGAUUCCCUCUGGGGAAAGGAUUCCCUCUGGGACAAAGGUCCCAGCAAGAUUCCCUCUGGGACAAAGGUCCCAGCAAAUGCCAGGGCCUUGUUCCCUGAGGGGCCAGCACCCCCUCACACACCCUACUCUCCUGCUGGCCCAGCCCAGAGCCAAGCUCCCACUGGCUGCCUCCCAUCAGCACUGGGCAGCCAUGGGCCUGGCCUUUGCCUCCCACUGCCCCAUCUCUGUGUUGGGGUCCUUCUUGCCCCCCACAGCCCCAGGACAGGUCACAAGCAAAACUCCCAGCUCUGUGCUUGAAGCCUCCAGACAUAGAGAAAUACGUUCCAGAUGGGACAAGACAGGGAGAGGGAACUUGAAGUGAUGGAGUAGGAAACCAUUUUAAAUAAGGUUUUUAAUUUUACAACACGUGUGAUUUACAGAGAAGCUAUAAAGAGACCAGGGAGAGUUCUCAUUUGCCCCCAAACCCAGUUCGCAGUGAUGUGCUUGUCACAACUGGUGCACCAAUAUUGAUACAUUGCCGUUAGCCAAAGAUUCCUCACUUUUCCAUGUGUCCUUUUGCUGUCCCAAGGUCCCCGAGGGGUGACUGUCCUCGUGUCUCCUUGGUCCCUCUUGGGGGUGACUCCCUCAGACUUCACUAGUUACUGAUGCCCUUGGCAUUUUGAAGGUCAGGUAGUUUGUAAAAGCCCCUGCUGGAACUUGUGUCAAUGUAUCUCAUGAUCGCCUGGGGUGAGGGUUUGGGAAGAAGCCUCCGGGGCAGCAAGGUCUGUGCUCUCAACUUGGCUCCUCCCUGUAGGUGGGGACCUCGGCCACCUGCCUGAGGUGAUGUCUGUCAGGUUGUACUCCUCCCUCCCUCCUUGCUGUGCUCUCUGGAAGAGCACCCUCCUUGAGGUCACAGUGACUACAUGAAUUAUUCAGAAUUCCCUUCUCCCCCAUUUAGUUAGUUAUUGUAUCAUUUGUAUCAGUGGGGUCUCAUACAUUUUCUACCUUGGGCAACAAUCUAUAAACCAAUCUAUAAUAGCAGGGUGGUGGGCUGGCCUCAGAGGCAAUCGGGUGGAGAGACAGGACCAGGGGGCAGGGCUCAGCGUGGGGUGAGGUGGAGCGGGAGUGUGGGCGGGGAGUGGACGCUCGUGGGACUGCGGCGUAGCAGAAGCCCCAGCAGGGGUGGUUUCCGCCUGUGUGGGAGCAGAAUGCGGGUGCUGGUGCGUUGGGACCAGGUGCGCUUGGCAUUUUACUGCAACGUCGGGGGGAGUGUCAGGAGCACAGGUCGAUGGGCUUCCUAAGGUGCUUGGCAGAAGCGAGGCAGGCCCAGGGAGCGGCAGGACCCGGCGGAGUCCGGUUCAGGGUUUUUGCUGAUGAAGCGGAGGGGGUGCUGAGCGGAGAGCCGUCCAGGAUAAGCCCAUCUGAGAGGAAGACGCUUUGGAGGGAAAUUUUUGGGUCUGGUCGUCUGGGGUUUGCUGUGCCUGCUGGCAUCCAUGUGCCGAUCCAGCAGCUGGCACCAGAAGUCUGGAUUUGGGGGACCCCUGCGCAUGGCACUGAGGGCCUGGGCUCCUCCAGGCCAUAGCUGGUCAGCAUCAGCCCCCUGACCAUGGAAUGACCCCGCUGUGACACAGGCCCUGCACACACAUGUACACAGCACGCAGGCAUGGGCCCUUGGGUCUGAAGAGCCAGAGCCUCUGCUCCACACCCAGAGGGUGCCUGAGCUCCCCCACUGGCACAGGGGGAAGGAAGAGAGGAGGUUUGCUCACCCUUCCUGCUGCCCAGGCUGUCCCCUUCUGCUGACAGCCUGCAGGGCCUGCACCCUCUUUCCUCCACACAACUUAUCUCUGGGGGUGCUCUGACUGCACAGGUCAGCCCCCCAGGACAAAGUGCCAUCCUUCACACCCCAGGGCAGGGUCCAUCCAGUGCCAUGCUAGAGCUGGUCUCAAGAACCCUGUCCUCACCCCCCACUCCCCGCCCCCGUGAGUGUCUCCUCGAGCUGGUCAUGGGCCUGGUGGGCGCAUUUAUACCACGGGAGUCAGCAAACACUACACCAAGGCUUUUCCACCGAGGGCCAGUUGUUAAAUACCACACAGAAGGGGUCAGGACUGCCCUGGCACCCCCACCCUCCCUCCCAUUUCUCCACUGGGCUCCAUCUUGGAGGGGAGAGAAGUGGGGGAUGCUCUGCCAUCCCUUUUCUGGGUUCCUGCAUGGUGGGAUUAUAGGCCUCAGCCUCCUGGGAUGUGGGACUGUCGAGGUCAGGGUUGGGGACAGGUCCUGAAGGAGAGCUGAAGUUAGAGCUGAGGAAACAUAGCCAGCUGAGGACAUCAAGACCCUCAUGCUCAUUCCUCCUUGAGGCAGAGGUAUAUCAAAGGUGGCCCUGAAGGGCUGGGCAUGUGCCAGUCUGUGUACCUGUAAAUGUGUGUGCCUGAGUGCAUUGCACAUGUGAGUGUGUGUAUAUAUAUGUAUGCACAUGUGUGUCUGAGUGAACGUAUUUGCAUGUGCACUUGUGAGUGUUUGCAUGUGUGUGGCUAUGAGGGGGCGCUGCACACAGAUGUGAGGAAAUAGGGUCACUUCCCCAGGAACCCCGGCUGCCCCCUCUUCCUGCCCCCACCCCUGCCCCGGGAGAGGCCCCAGCUCCAUAAAGAGGGCCCGGAGCCCUGAAUGCCCCUGUUGUUCCAUUCCACACCUGACCACGCUGCCUCCCAGGCCUGUUCCAGAAGGAGGGGGCCAAAAGCAUCAGGUACUCAAGGGUCUUCUGCCUCCAAACUACCCAGGAGCAGGUACUGGUGUGGAGGAGGGAGGGUGGGCAUUAGGAGGCUGCAGCCCCCUCCCUAGAGGUGCAGGGGUACAGGGGUGUCUGGUCCUGCCCACUGAGCCCCUUCUAGGUACAGGCUCACUCAGGGGUAGCUGAUCUAGAAGGAGCACUGGUCUGGGACGUGGUAAGUGGCCACAUGGCUGUCUCCGAGUGUCACAGGUGCCCGAGUGUGGUUGUGUGUGUGCCUUACGGUGUCUGUGGGCCUCGCUGCACAUAGUGCCACCCUGAACAGACACCUGGGCUCACCCCCUCACACCCCAGCCAGGAUGUGCAGAGGACAUGGGAGUGCUGGAACAAGAGGGAGGAGCAGCCUGGAGGGUAGGCCUCAGCCCCUGGUACAGCUGGACCAGUGGCGGGGGUGGGGGGGUGCAAACAGCACGGCAGUGGUCCUUUGUGGAGACAGGGGGACCAGAGCCCCUGUCCAGGAUGUGGAGGAAGUGGGGGCCCACUGUUGGGGCGUCUGGAACUGAUGGGGCUGGGGGCUACAGGGGCUGGAGGCUGACAGAGCUGUUGGGUCUGGGGAUGGAUGGGAUUAGGGGGUGAUGAGAAGGCUAGACUAGGAGGCUGAGGGCUGAGGGCCACUGGGUCUAGGGGCCUGGAGAACUGUGGGCUGAUGGGGGACUGGAGUGGCUGAGGAGCUGGGGGGCCAGGCAGGCUGCAGGCCCAGCCCUUGGUGGGCCCCUGGCAUGCUGGAAAUAGGAAUCCAGCAACCUGGGUGCUGCAAGGUGGGAGCAGGCAUCUGAGGUGAGGCCCAGACUCUGAGCGAGGCUGGUCCGUUUUCUGGUUGGCCUUACGAAGGCAGCUCACCCAGUGGACUCCCUGUGGCUCUCAGGGCCUGGGGUGAGGUCCCCAGAGGCUGGGUAAGGGACACAGCUUGCACGGCACUGGGCUUUCCUAGAGAGCUGGGGGAGGGCAGGAGGGCUGGCCCUGCUCCAGGCCACAGGGACCUAGAGUCGGGUUUUGGGGGGAGCAAGGGUAUGUGCUCAGCCAGAGAAGGAGACCCCUUGUCUGUCCUUGUAGGAUCUAUCCUCUGGCUGCAGAGGCCCCGGCCUCUUGCUGAUCCCUCCUACGGCAGGGUCAGGACCCUAGGUCCCAUCCCCCGCCCCUAUGACCAACAUGAGCUGGAGCUUCCUGACGCGGCUGCUGGAAGAGAUCCACAACCACUCCACGUUCGUGGGCAAGGUAUGGCUCACAGUGCUGGUGGUCUUCCGCAUCGUGCUCACGGCGGUGGGCGGUGAGUCCAUCUACUCCGAUGAGCAGACCAAGUUCACGUGCAACACACGGCAGCCGGGCUGCGACAACGUCUGCUACGACGCCUUUGCACCCCUGUCCCACGUGCGCUUCUGGGUUUUCCAGAUUGUGGUCAUCUCCACGCCCUCCGUAAUGUACCUGGGCUAUGCUGUGCACCGCCUGGCCCGCGCCUCACAGGACGAGCGCCGCCGCGCCUCUCGCCGCCGACAAGGCCGCCUCGCGCCCCGUGCACCCCUGCCGUUGCCCCCACCGCCCCACCCGGGCUGGCCCGAGCCCGCAGACCUGGGCGAAGAGGAGCCCAUGCUGGGCCUGGGUGAAGAGGACGAGGAUCCGGGGGCGGCUGAGGGCCUGGGCGAAGAUGAUGAGGCUGAGGACGCGGGUGCAGCCAAGGGCGCAGGAGGGGACUCAAAGGCGACUGGGGUCCCAGGCCCGGCAGGUCAGCAUGACGGGCGGCGGCGCAUCCAGCGCGAGGGGCUAAUGCGCGUGUACGUUGCCCAGCUGGUGGCGCGGGCCGCCUUCGAGGUGGCCUUCCUGGUGGGCCAGUACCUGCUGUAUGGUUUCGAGGUGCGGCCCUUCUUCGCGUGUAGCCGGCAGCCCUGCCCGCACGUGGUCGACUGCUUCGUGUCGAGACCCACUGAGAAGACGGUCUUCCUGCUGGUCAUGUACGUGGUCAGCUGCCUCUGCCUGGUGCUCAACCUCUGUGAGAUGGCGCACCUGGGCCUGGGCAGCGCGCAAGACGCUGUGCGCAGCCACCGCCCCCUGCCCACCACCCCUGGCCCCAUGCCUCGCCAGCAGCCCUGUGGUCUCCCCGCCGCGCCUUCGGGCCUGGCCUGCCCGCCAGACUACAGCCUGGUGGUGCGCGCGGCUGAGCGCGCACGCACCCACGAUCAGGACCUGGCCAACCUGGCGCUGCAGGCGCUUCAGGACCGGCGGUCACUUGGGGACCUCGACAGCCCACCAGGCCCUGGCCUUCCAGCAACCGCCCGGGGGCCCCUGAGGGCCGGCGCCCCUGCCUCCGGGUCGGGCAGUGCCACGUCGGGGGGCACUGCCGGGGGCCAGGGCCAGCCAGGGGCCAAACCCAGGAUGGGCUCUGAGAAGGGCAGUGCGAGCAGCAGCAGGGAGGGUAAGACCACCGUGUGGAUCUGAGGCCUGCAUUGGCUGCUGUUCCUCCUCCCUCCUCACCAGGGCCGAGGUGGAGGGCUCUGGAGGAAGUCUAGGGUCUGGACACUGCCUAAGGGGCAGAGCACAACCUACUCUCCUCCCCCUUAGGUGGCUGCUCUCCCCCUCGGGAGGGGGCGGAGGGCACCAGCCUGCUCUGCAUCACUGCCCCUCCCUGUCUGAGCCCCAUCUUCAUCCAGGAUAGGGUGGGGAAGGUAGGCCUGGGAAUCACGAAUGGUCCCCAGCUCUGGUCCAUAAGCCCUGAUGGGUAGGUGGAACUGUGGCUGGGGCAUUUCCACCCUCCCAGAGCCACCCAGCUGGCCACCUCAGGACAAGGCUGCCCUCCAGGAGAGAGCUCCACCCCCUCCUGCCCCACUUUCCCACCAGUAGCCCAUGUGUGACUGCCCAGCGGUGCUUGGCCUGGGUCUUGGGGAGUACUGUGCUUGUCCUCACUCCCUGCCCAGCAAAUGGGGCUCUUUUCCUAGCACCCACACUCUUCUAGCCCAGGUUCUGGUUCUUGCAGAGAUGGAAGCAAUGCCAGGUCUUCCUUGUACAGAAGGGAAAACAGAGACCACAGUGGGCAGAGGCCCCUGUGCCCAGCCCUGGUUGGUACCACCUCCUGCCUCACCCCCACUAGGCCCCAAGCAUGAGCUGCCUCGAGUGCCAGGUGGACCUGCACCCUGCUUCCUGUUCCCUGCCCAGGCAGAUCUGGGGCUCAGGCCCCACAUGGGCCCCAGGGUGGAUGGGACCAUGCCCUCUCCAGCUCCUGUGCUGGCCUGGCGUGGCCCCUUCCUCUGGGACAUACUUCAAGUUCUGAAAAGACAUCAGUCCCCCUUACCACUCAGACCAACAGGAUGGUGGUGAGGGGCUAUAGCUUUGCCCAUGUUAGGGGAAGGCGCUCUGAGGCUCCCACCACAGCCUCUUCCCUCCAGCCCCCUGUCCAAUUCAGACACAGCCUCCAAAAGGAGUGAAAUAAAACUAACUUUUGUUUACAA